GCACACAUUUACAGUGUCUAAAACAGCGCAAAGGAGAGCUGUCUCAUCUGGGUGCUUAGACUGGAAACCAAACCCUGGAUUUUAACAUUUUGGCUCUACAGUUUUUGCUUUUCAGGUCCAAUUUGAAGAAAUUUGACAUUAAAACAGGAAUAUAACUCACAUUAUUUGAAAGAUGUUUCCCUGGUCAGUAGUGUUUUCCCUGGAGCCGAAGGUUCCCGGCCAGCGCACUCCAGAGGAGCUGGUGACCAACACUUUGAUGCUGGAGCUGGGUGCCAUGGUGAAACGGACCGAGCGAAUCCAUCUGGAGAAGGCAGUAGAAAGUCGCAGACGCCGCAGCUCGUCCUCGGCAGACUACAGCUGGCUGGCUGGCCCUCAGCCGCACGUCUCCUACGAGCUCACGCCAGGAGAUGUGCUGGACCUGCAGGACCUCUGCGCUCAGAUCCCACCUCAACAGUGCGGGCCGGUCAUUGUCAGUUUCAGGAAACUAGUGUCAGAGUUUGAGCCUGAGGUGCACGAGGUCCCCAAACUGUUCCGGGGCGUCCUAAGAAACUGCCUGGAUGAGCUUCAGGGAGACGCAGAGCUUCAGGAUGGGGUGAACCGUUGGCAAAAACAGCGCAGCAAGAGCCUCUCCUUCGUCACGUUCCGAUCCAAGUUCCGCAUCCUGAACCGUGGAAAGGGAAGCUUCGGUGGUUCCCGCAACAACCUGCAAGAGGAAAACACGUGGUCUGAUGAAGAAGAGGAAGCAGCCGAACAGGAGACAACUGCCAUGCACACCAGGAGGGGACGGAGCCUCAGCAUGCCAGAGAUCACUCCUCUUGAGCAGGCGGCCCAGAGCUGAACAAGAGGAAGACGAGAUGCAGAGAAAGACAGAGG